GAGAGGAGAGAGAGGGAGAGACACGUGAUGGAACGCAAAAAUGUGUUGUGUCCAGCGAUAUCCGCGAGGACGUCAUAAUCGGCAAGCAUGGAAGAGGACAGAAAAUUAACACGAACAUGAGGGGCAGGCAACGGAUGGAUUUUCAGCCAUUCAGAGAUACCAGCAAAGAGAUCUCAACUGGUUACUGUUAAAUAGGACGAUCACCCACCACCAAAAAUCGUGAAAUAAAGGCAAAAGAAAUGGCUUUCUGAGGUACCCACAAGCAUAUAUCAAGUGGGUAGUGUUGAUUCAUUGAUUAUUUUUACCAUAGGAAGUGAACAUGACAAGCCACAGCGGGGGGAGAAUGGCGCAGUUCCUCAAUAGCAGAUGGCUUGUUUUCGUUGCAUCGAUGUGGUUGCAGUCUUGUGCAGGAAUUGGGUAUCUUUUUGGAAGCAUAUCUCCUGCCAUAAAGAGUUCGCUGGGUUAUAACCAGAAGCAGAUUGCUAGGUUGGGGGUUGCAAAGGAUUUGGGUGACUGCGUUGGGUUUCUUGCAGGGAGUUUGUGUGAGAUAUUGCCCACAUGGGGUGUUAUCUCCAUUGGUGCUAUUAAGAAUUUCAUUGGCUAUGGAUGGCUUUGGCUGGUUGUCACCCACAGGGUUCCCACUGUGCCGCUAUGGGUUAUGUGUCUACUUAUAUUCGUUGGGACAAAUGGAGAGACCUACUUCAACACGGCUGCCUUGGUUUCGUGUGUGCAAAAUUUCCCCAAGAACAGAGGUCCAAUAGUUGGAAUAUUGAAAGGAUUUGCAGGCCUGAGUGGGGCUAUUUUGAGCCAGAUAUAUGCAUUGGUGUUUGCUCCUGAUAAAGCAGCAAUGAUAUAUAUGGUUGCUGUUGGACCUACCAUUGUGGCCAUUGGUCUGAUGUUUAUCGUGCGGCCUGUGGGAGGGCACAGACAAGUUAAUGCUUCUGACGGUUCUAGUUUCACAUUUGUGUAUAGCAUAUGUCUGAUUUUAGCAGCAUAUUUGAUGGGUGUCAUGCUUCUGGAGGAUUUGGUUGAUUUGCGUCGAUCAAUAGUGACAGUGUUCACUAUUCUGUUGUUCCUGCUUCUGUUGGCUCCUAUUGUCAUACCACUGACAAUGAGCUGCUAUCUGAAUCCAGGAUCAGAUAUCAAAGAAAAUCUGCUGCCUCAAGCUCAAGAAGAAUCCAGCAAAGCAGGGCAAUCCAGCAACAUCAAUGAGGUUAUACUCAGUGAGGUUGAGGAUGAAAAACCUCGGGAAGUGGAUUUGCUUCCUGCAUUGGAGAGAGAAAAGAGAAUUGCCCAUUUGCAGGCACGUCUUUUUCAAGCAGCAGCUGAUGGUGCCGUAAGAGUCAAAAGGAGGAAGGGGCCACGCAGAGGAGAAGACUUCACCUUGAUGCAGGCACUUAUCAAGGCAGAUUUUUGGCUGUUAUGGUUUUCUUUGCUUCUGGGUUCAGGAUCAGGUUUAACUGUCAUUGAUAACCUGGGUCAGAUGAGUCAGUCCCUGGGGUAUGACAAUACACAUAUAUUCGUGUCAAUGAUUAGCAUCUGGAACUUUCUUGGACGUGUCGGUGGAGGCUAUUUCUCCGAAAUUGUUGUUAAGGAAUAUGCAUAUCCAAGGCCAAUCGCAUUGGCUGUUUCACAGGUUAUCAUGACAAUUGGGCACUUCUCUGUUGCAAUGGCAUUUCCUGGGGCCAUGUACAUUGGCACACUGUUGAUCGGUCUUGGUUAUGGUGCCCACUGGGCAAUUGUGCCUGCUGCUGCUUCCGAACUGUUUGGGCUGAAAAAUUUUGGGGCCUUGUACAAUUUCCUGACAUUAGCAAACCCUGCAGGUUCUUUAGUGUUUUCUGGGUUGAUCGCUAGCACCAUUUAUGACCAUGAGGCCGAGAAGCAGGCUCAGAUUGAUCACCACCCGUGGGGUUCAUUAGCCAUUCUGGGAAGGACGACACUUGGCAUGCUGAAUGUAGAGGAUUCACUGAAGUGUGUUGGCGCUGUUUGUUUCUUUGUAACUCUGAUCAUAAUGUCAGGGCUAUGUAUUCUUGCUGUUAUGUUGAGCAUGAUUCUUGUGUAUAGGACCAAGACUGUUUAUGCUAAUCUAUAUGGGAAAGCCCGCUCAUGAAGCAGUUAGUGGAGGAAGCAGUUAGCGAAGGUUUCAUUGUCCAAACACAUCAUUUCACUUGGAUAUCCUCAAAUAAACUGUCAAAGCUACUAGGGUAAAUUUGUCUUAGGCAUGCCACGUUUUUCUGGUUGAAUGGUAUGCCUUGUAAAUUUGACAAGAUAAGUGCAUCGACUGAUGCCAUCUUUGUUUGUGCUUAAUCUUUUGUUCUUUGUUCUUCUCCAAAUGUGUACACUGUGAAAUUUCUUUUCUCUAGUUUAAAUCAUCUGUAGCUCUUAUACAUGUAAUUUUUGUGAAUUGCUACGCUUUUACAAAUUUUCUUUAUUUA